AUGUCGCCAUCGACCUUCAUCCCCCGUCCGGCGCUCAGCUCCGCCGCCUCCGCAGCUCUGACUUCGCACGGCCUGGAGGAAGCAUGCAAGGGAUGUGCCCACGACGACUCGGACGACUUGGAAACCUAUCCGAAAACGUUCGACGUCGAUUUGGACUCCGAGAUGUUGGGUUCGGUCAACUACUACGGGCGUGAGUGCUUUGUGUUGUCGAAGCUUGAAUGCAUACAUUGGCCGCGACGAUCUAGAAGGGCUUAAUCUGCUUUCCUCGUUUUGGGCCUUUGGUAAUCAGGUCAGAUUUUGAUCGCGACCGGAAAGAGUGAUUGGGACAAAGAAGUGACUGAUGAUGCCGAAUCGCUACCGGGACUUCUCAAGAGUGCAUACGAGCUGGCGACGACUUGUUCGGACGGAGGCCGAAAAGGAACGGGCCUGCUGAACAAGACUUUCCAGAAACUCAAAAUCAAGAAGGGGGACGAUGCUCCGCUUCCUCAAGGAUCGGUUUAUAAAGGCGUCUACCCGUCGAUCGCGGCGCCCCCUCCACUCAAACCAUCUACGAGCGCGGUGGCCCCUGACUCGACUGAAACGGCGGAAGUCGUCGAACCGCCGAGGCUCUCGAUUCUCACGGGCUCGUUUCUGUCCAACUCGCACGAGGACGACGACCAUUCCGUUAUCGUCUUGCCCGACUUCAAGAUCGUCCACCACGUAUCCGCCAAAGCUUCGUCGGCCGAGGCGUUCGUCGGAUCUCACCUCCACCCUUCCGUUCCUCGGCCCGGACUCUCGUCGCUCACCUCUUCGAAAACGAGGUCUUACCCGCUACGUUAUCGAGCUUUGGUUCUCAUCUGUUCGCAUAAACGAAGGGACAAGCGGUGUCAUAUCGCUGCUCCGCUGCUGAUCAAUCAAUUCCAUCACCACCUGGCCGAGCAUGAUUUGGAGAUGGACGAACGAGGCGAUAGUCUCGGUGGUUCGGAUGAGAGACCGUUGGAGGCAUGGGCGUUGGAAGAGAGGGAGAGCAAGAUGGAUGAGGCGCUGAAAGGGGUGAGGGUAGGUGAAGGUAGAGUGGGAGUGUUCAAAUGCAGUCAUAUUGGUGAGUGCUAUACUUUUUCUCGAUCGUCCAGCCAGCGUCGGUUUGCUGAUGCUUUUCGGUGGGCGAUUUGCAAUUCGGCAGGGGGUCAUCGAUACGCUGGCAACGUCAUCAUCUAUCUACCUAACGGCACAUCAAUAUGGUAUGGUCGUGUGACACCAAGGGAUGUAGGGGCCAUUGUGAGUGCUCGGACCAUGACUUCGGGACCAGAUCGGUGCCGUUUCACCGCUUUCAGAAAAGCACUCGCUGAGUCUCGACCGACGAUCUUCCUUUCCUCCCAGGUGCAAACAACUCUGAUCGAAGGCAAGGUCAUACCCGAACUCUUAAGGGGAGGUUUGGGCUUGGCCGGAAAAUCGGGCUCCGAAGAAGGGGUUCUGAGCUGGUAG